UUCGACUGUUAUUGUUGUAGGAAGCUCAUUUUCUUCGUAGGCUAAAUUAGCCUUUUUAUACCGUCAAACAUAAAUACGGUGGAUUUUUUUGUUUGCUUUUAAAUGGACGGUGGGCCUUGCCUUCGUGUGUCGCAGUGUCAUGUACAACAGUUCAGAAGAUGUUUACAGACCAGAGCAGCUCUUGAUUCAAAUAAUAAGACAGAAAGAACAAGUGGUAAUAAACUUGAGAAAAUCCUCCAAGAGCUGAUUGAAUCUCAUGGUGAAAGAUGGACGGAGGAGCUGAGGGCGGACCUCCCUCACAGUUUUCAGAGGCAUGGAGUCCUCCUCCUGCUGAAGGACAACUGCUUCUCUCUACCACUAUGGAAGAACAUGGAUCCAGUUGAGUGACAUUGCUGACAAAGUGAACCUGGGUCUCAUACCGAGCUCUGAGGACUGUUGCCUGUCGACUGCUGAAGAGAACAACUGGGGGCCUUUUGCACUGCAAUCAAUGAUGCAAUGAUGCACAGUGGACAACAAGCAUCCAUCACAUAGAACAUGUGAAGUCCUAUGCACCUCAUGUUCACCAUGUUGUGCUGGACUUGGCGUGCAGACCAUCCUGAGCUGAGGGGAUGAACACAGAAACUGAGUGGACACGACUGUAUUCAUCUUUACACAAACACUACACUAACUCCAGUCUCUACCCUAAGCCCCUGAACCCUCCCAGAUUGAAUUGACCUUGUUAGUACAUGAGUACUCGAGGCUGCAAAGCUUGAACUAAACAGAAAUGGGAACAAUUUGCUGCAGAAUAUCAUGUUACCAUAAUGCCACCAAAACAUGUAAAAUAGGCCUACAUUUGUGGAUUUUAGACUUUUUAUAUGACAUUUUUUACUUUAUUUAUGACAAAUGCACUGAUUUUAAUGUAUUAUUAGCUCUUGAUGUACAGAGGGGACAAAAGUUAAUUAUGAAAAAAAUAGUUUACUUGUUCUUUUUAAACAGAAUUAUGAAGCAAACAAAAAAAAUCAUUGAAGAAUAAACCAGUUUUGCUUGUGCUUAAAUUUC